AUGGCCAACAAAAUUGAUGAAUUUGAUAAGUCGGUAACAAAUGUAAACACGCAGAUUAAAGAUGUUGAAGGGGGUUUGAAAAAGAAUUGGACUGAAGUUGUAAAGGGAACCAUCAAAGAAGUUAAAUCGACUACGGUGGCUCUGAACAAUGUCGUCAAAUCAAUUAAAAACAACGUCGAAACAAUAAACCGUGAGUGCAAUGUUGUGUUAUUUAGGCUCAGUGAAGCUGAAACUAACUCUGCUGAUGCUCACAAUGAUGAUAAAAAAAUUGUUACGAAUUUGCUUUCAGUCAUUACAAAUGAUGAAAUCAAGGAAAGUGAUAUUAAGAAAAUGUACAGAAUUGGCAAAAAAGGAGACAACCCACGUCCGAUAAUGAUUGAGUUUAAAGAAAAGUCUAUGAAAAACAUGACAAUGGAAAAUCGUGUGAGGAUGAAACAAUUGAGUGAUGAAUUAAAAAAUGUCAGCAUAAGCCAUGACUUCACUAAAGAACAGCGUGAGAAAUGUAAAAAACUGCAUACUAGCUUUGAUUGUGCGUCCAUGGUUUUCAACUCUUCUGGUAAUGUCAAUAAAAUUAAGAUGGGUCUGUUAAACAUUAGAUAUUUGGGUCUAAAUGUUGAUGAUGUUCAUGGGCUGCUGAAUGAUGACUUUGAUGUUUUGAUGCUUACAGAAACUUGGCAUAAAUCAUCUGAUAAUAUUUGUCUUAGUUUGGCAAAACCACGUGAUUUUAGUUUUUCGGAACAAGUUAGGCUAAAUGAUCCUGAGCAUGGUGGUUUGGUAACGUAUUUCAGAAACCACUUUAAAUGUGUAAAAAUUCCAUUGCCAGUGAUAAUUACAUUUGAAGCGAUAUGUUUUAAAUUGACGUUACGGAAAACUUCAGUAAUUUUUUUGGUGAUUUAUAGGCCAGGUUCUGCUCCUCCUGCUAAAUUGUUUUUUGAAGAAUUAAUUUUAGUUUUAGAACAAAUCACACUUUUAUGUUGCAGUAUUGUAGUUGCAGGUGACUUCAACAUACACGUAGAAACUUCGUCAGAUAUAUAUGCAACAGCCCUUGCUGAUAUUUUCUCUAGUUUUGAUCUUGUCAAUAGAAUUAAUCAGUCUACCCAUGUGCUUGGUGGUACCCUGGAUUUGAUUGUUACAUCGGAUGGUUUUUUGUUAGAAGAUGGUAUCUAUUCUGUAUCUGGUAUCUAUUCAGAUCAUGGUUUAGUAACUGGUCAAUUUUUAAUCAAUCCGACUCCAGUCAUUUUCAAGAAAUCGUGGAUCAGAUCCUGGAAACGAGUGGAUAAAAAACGUCUGACUGAGCUUUUGAGGUGCUCACCUAUCUCGAAACAUUAUGUGCUGACUGAAGAACAGAUAUCUAAAGGUGUUAAUUCGUCACCUACGAAGUCAUGCUCACUCGACCCAAUACCGACGCAUGUAUUCAAAUAA